AUGUCAACAGCGAUCACAACCACGUUGGAGACAGACAACCAACCAACUUCUGAGCUGGGGAGCUCCAUUACUUGCAUUUCUGGCUAUUUGACGGGAAUCCAUGCCCGGGAUAGAACGCCCGACGAAGGAGGAGAAGGCAAGGUUUUCGUGGUGGGAUGGGAAGGCGACAAUGACCCGCUGAAGCCACACAAUUGGAGCAUACCACGACGUGUCGCGGCCACGCUUGUUGUUUCUUGUAUCGCCAUUGCUGUCACGGCAGCAUCAUCCAUUGACUCGGCGGUUCUCCCCCAGUCCGCUGCGGAAUUUGGCGUAAGCGACGUCGCUGGAUCUCUGGCAACAGGCAUGUUCUUGAUGGGCUUCGGCUGCGGCGCCUUGUUCGCCGGACCCUUCUCGGAAACAUUUGGUCGCAACGCAGUGUACAUGAGCACCAUGCUCCUCUUCAUGAUCUGGAUUAUGGCGUCGGCACUGGCGCCCAACAUUGGCGCGCAGAUCAUAUUCCGUUUCCUCGCGGGUUUCUUUGGGUCCACGCCACUGACCUGCGCCGGCGGAACAGUAGCAGAUUUGUGGGAUCCGUUAGAAAAGACAUUUGGAUUCCCCCUCUUUGCUAUUGCCGGUUUCGGUGGGCCGGUCCUGGGACCUGUAAUUGGAAGUUAUAUUGGACCCGGGGCUAUAAGCUGGCGGUGGUCAGAAUGGAUCAUGCUCAUUAUUGGCGGGCUAGUGCUGAGUAUUGUCUUUUUCUUCCAGCCAGAGACAUAUGCACCAUUGCUGUUGAGCUGGAAAGCGAAACACUACCGCGAGCUCACGGGCGAUGAUCGAUUCCGGUCGGAGAUGGAAAUCCGCACGACGACUCUGUUGCAGCGUCUUAUGACUGCCGUUUACCGUCCGUUCGUUCUGACAUGGACUGAGCCAAUCAUCCUCCUGAUGUCACUUUAUCUUACUGUGAUCUAUAUCGUCCUUUUCACAUUCCUGGAUGGAUACACGUUCAUCUUCUCCGACAUUCACGGCCUCUCUCAAGGACUGACCAAUAUCCUCUGGCUCGGUAUGCUGAUUGGCAUUCUCUCAGCUGUCGUGUUGGUACCUGUUGUGUACAAAUGGACGCGUGCAGAAUUUGAAAAGGUUCCGGAAACCGAGAGAGCGACGUUCAAGCUUCACCCAGAGACCAGACUUUGGUAUGCGAUGCUGGGUGCUGCUCCUGCUGUUCCUAUUAGUCUGCUGUGGAUGGGCUGGACUAGUUAUCCCAGCAUCAGUCUCUGGUCUCCUCUCGCCUCGUCUGUCCUUUUUGGAUACGGUGUCAUGAACAUUUUCAUCAGCGCGUACAUGUAUGUCAUCGACUCGUACGAGAUCUAUGCCGCCUCGGCGCUCAGCUUUGUUGCUUUCACCCGUUACCUUGCUGCUGGCGGCAUGACAAUUGUCGGCAUCCCUUUCUAUAAAAAUGUUGGUGUCCAUUGGACGCUCACUAUUCUGGCUAUCAUUAGUGCCAUCAUGGCCCCGGUUCCGUAUCUCCUCUACCGGUACGGCGUGCGAGUCCGUCGUUUCAGUAAAUAUGCCGUCACUAGGGCAUAG